GAAGUGACGUCGGCUCCUAUUUGCCCACUAGCGAUCGGAUCUCGAUCAGAUCCGUGACUCUAACCAUGUUUUAAUAUCAUGAGCGACAUGUCACUGGGUACAAUCACCACUCAGUAGUCGCUGAUGCGUAAAGCGAACCCUGCAGCGGACAUUUAAAGCCUGUCGUUUUGUUGUUUUUAUAUUUCCGGCUACAUCACCAAGGCCUCCCUGCGAUGCUAAGCUAACUGGCUAAGAUGUGGCUGAGGCUCUUCUUCCUGCUCCUCUAUUUCAUCGUGUUGUUUACGCUGGCAAGGAUUUUUGAGGCGGUGGUUUGGUAUGAGACCGGUACGUUCGCCACGCAGCUCGUGGACCCAGUGACACUGAGCUACAAGAAGUUAAAAACCAUCCUGAAAUGUCGAGGACUGGGAUACUCCGGGCUGGCCGAGAAGAACGAUGUCAGUGAGCUGGUGGAGAAAUCAGGAGAGUUGACCCAGGGGGAGCUGUACUCGGCCAUCAAGAAGGAGAAGGAGCAGAGGGAGGCGGGAGAUUCCAGUACCACACAUUUCAAUGGGGAGACACACUUCUAUGAGUUAGUGGAGGACACUAAAGAUGGCAUCUGGCUGGUUCAGGUCAUUGCCCAGGACCAGGAAGCGUUGCUCAGCCAGUCAAACUGGGGGAAGAUGGUACAGAAAGUGUCUCAGUUUGGGAUCAGAACUGGAACCUUUAACUGCUCCAAUGACUCCAGGUCCUGUAUUAAACGAGGCUGGCAGCGCUCCACCCUCAUCAUGGCCGUCCCCCAGACCUCCGCAUCGAAGGGCAAAGUCAUGCUGAAAGAAUACAACGGCCUCCACGGCCAAACCGAACACAUCUUCCGCUGGAUGACCUCGCACGUGGCCCACCGGAUCAAAACCCUGCGGCGCUCCGAGCAGCUGAUGGAGGAGUGGCGUUCGGACCCGGCUCACCCGGUGAAGAUGUUCCUGUUCGCUCGACUGUCGCAGCCGCCGGCCUUCUUCUCCUCGCUGUCCGUCAAGUUCACCGGCAGGAUCGAGUUCAUCUUCGUGGACAUUCGCCGCUGGGACAACCACACCAGCCUGGCGGAGAUCGGCGUGACGCAGAGCCCGGCGUACAUCCUCAAGAUGCCCGAGGGCAUUUAUCGCUACGGCAACAGUACAGGGGAGUUCCUGUCUCUUGCUGCUAUGGACACUUUCCUGCGUUCGGUUCAGCCGGAGGUCAAUGAUGUGUUUGUCCUCAGCCUGGUCCUUAUCAACCUGCUGGCCUGGAUGGACCUCUUCAUUACACAGGGAGCCACAGUAAAACGAUUUGUAGUUCUGAUCCGAACACUUGGAACCUACAACUCCGUACUGUUGGUGUCCUGGCUUCCUAUCCUGGCUCUCCUCCAGCUUCCUUAUCUGGACGCCCUGUACGGCUACAGCCUGAAGCUGCUCCGUUACGCCGACACCACCACGUUGGCGAGCCUCGUCCGAGCGGACUGGACCUUCUACUCGUCCCACCCGGCCCUCUUCCUGUCCACCUACCUGGCCCACGGCCUGCUGGUCGACUACUUCGAGAAGAAGCGCCGCUGCGGCGCCAGGAGCCAGGAGGACAGCACCACCAACCUGGAGUGGCUGGCCAGCCUGUGGGACUGGUACACAUCCUAUUUGCUCCACCCGAUCGCGUCACUACAGCAGUUCCCGUCUGACCACUCGGACUGGGAGGACGACCCCACCUUCUUGUUCGAGCGCCUGGCCUUCCCCGACCUCUGGCUUCGCCCGUUAGUAAACAUGGACUACAUUAAAGCACUACCGACCUGGAAGCUCAGAGUUGCUCGGCACGGGGUAAAGGUGGACGAAGAGACGGACGGCUCGCAUUUAGACUGUAAGAAACAGAGCGUCGGUCCCAGCAGAACUCCGUGCAGUCACACACAUUCACCCGCAUGCAGCAACACGGACCCCGGCAGCAGUUGUCAAUGUUCUGCUGCUGCUGCUGCUGCUGCUGAGUUACCCUCCUGUUGUUGUCACGGCAACAGAAGCCCACCAUCACCACCACCACCACCACCAGCCGAAACGGCGCCGGAGAGCGGCCGCCCCGGACCCGGAGACGCCUCCGGCCACUGCGACUGGGCGGCGUGGCCCCACGACAUGCUGAGGUGCUCGGAGUGCGUGGUGUGCCUGGAGAAUUUCGCGGGCGAGGAGCUGCUCAUGGGUCUGCCCUGCGGACACGCCUUCCACCAGCAGUGCAUCGUGGUGUGGCUGGCGGCGGGCAGGCACUGCUGCCCGGUGUGCCGCUGGCCGAGCUACAAGAAGAAGCCGAGCGCGCACAGCGGCUCCGCCGAAAAAAACGCGACGCCGCAAUACUGAUUGGGUAGGUUCCGACGGUCUCCACUCAAGCUCGCUGGGCAGUUUAGUCUGUGCCUUACCAUUUUAAAAACUAGCUUGGAGUGAAGUUGGGACUUGGGGAAGAAUGAAGAAGACAACGUUGCCAGUAGGUGUGGUUCGUGUAGCUAUAAGCUUUUCUAAUGAAGGAAAUGAUCGUGAGAGGUGAAACUAUGAACGCUAAGUCUCAAUGGUUCCUGCAUAGUGUGGAUUCACACCGUAACCGUAGGUAUAGUCGCAUUAAACUGCAAUAAAAAACAUAUAUAUAUAUAUAUAUAUUUCGUUUGUUUGUUUAGUUUUGCUGUGUUUAUCUACCAGCACUCUAAUUCUUUCCAUGACAGUAAGAUUUCUUUCACGUCAUACGGGACUUAACUUAUCGAGCUUAACUGCGUCAAAAAGAAAAACAACAAAAAAACAACAACUAUUGUAUAAAAACACACAAUGUUACACUAUAUACUUAACCCUGUCUCAAGACCUGACUGCAAAUCCUAAAAAAAAAAAGGUCUUGCUGUAUGUGUUUGCAUUUUAAUGUGCAUUUUGUUAAGGAUUUGGAGGAAAACCGAGUAGAUGUGUGUCUCUUGAUCCCUGCCGGGGGGGGAGUGGGGUGGGAGGGGAUGGGAUGGGGAGGGGGGUCGACGUAGAAAAGAUGUAUCGAGUCUGCACAGAAAAUAAAGAUUCAAAUGAAUGAAUGUGACGUGGGAGUGAAGCUGAUGUACUCUUCGUUAUUCGUGUGUUUACCUCCGAUAUUAGUAGGGAUUGUGCGGUUAGUGUGUUUCUUCCUCUGACUCAGUACAAAUUGCAACACUAAAGCAUUAAAGUGGAGGAUAAAUUGUCGUUCUUCAUCUGUUGUACAGUAAAAUAUAUAUAUAUUCUGCAUCAUCCUGGUUGCACAUCUUUACACAGUUUGUUUUUAAUGUUUGUUAAUUAUGUCACAAUAAACUAAUUGAUCCAGA